GCCGCUCGGUGUUAUUCCGUCCCGCCCGCGCGGCGGUCGGUGCUCUGCCACCGCCCGCUCUGGUCAUGUCUCCAGCCAGUGGCUUGUAAAUUGGCGACCCGACUUCUCGUCGCGGCCCUGGUCCUGAUGGCGGCGGCGGCGGCCCUGGCAGCGGCCGAUCCCCCUCCCGCGAUGCCGCAAGCGGCGGGAGCCGGAGGGCCCACCGCCCGCCGGGACUUCUACUGGCUGCGCUCCUUUCUGGCCGGAGGUAUUGCUGGAUGCUGUGCCAAAACAACAGUUGCUCCUUUGGAUCGAGUAAAGGUUUUGUUACAAGCUCACAAUCACCAUUACAAACAUUUAGGAGUAUUUUCUGCAUUGCGUGCUGUUCCCCAAAAGGAAGGAUACCUUGGAUUGUAUAAAGGGAAUGGUGCAAUGAUGAUUCGAAUCUUUCCCUAUGGUGCAAUCCAGUUUAUGGCAUUUGAGCAUUAUAAAACGGUAAUUACUACAAAACUGGGAGUUUCUGGUCAUGUGCACAGAUUAAUGGCUGGAUCCAUGGCAGGUAUGACAGCAGUUAUCUGUACCUACCCACUUGACAUGGUUAGAGUACGCCUAGCAUUCCAGGUGAAAGGGGAACACACUUAUACAGGAAUUAUUCAUGCAUUCAAAACAAUUUAUGCAAAGGAAGGUGGUUUCCUUGGAUUUUACAGAGGACUGAUGCCCACUAUAUUAGGAAUGGCUCCAUAUGCAGGUGUUUCAUUUUUUACUUUUGGUACUUUAAAGAGUGUUGGGCUUUCCCAUGCCCCUACCCUUCUUGGCAGACCUUCAUCAGACAAUCCUAAUGUCUUAGUUUUGAAAACCCACAUAAACUUACUUUGUGGUGGUGUUGCUGGAGCAAUAGCACAAACAAUAUCCUACCCAUUUGAUGUAACUCGUCGGCGAAUGCAAUUAGGAACUGUUCUUCCAGAAUUUGAAAAGUGCCUGUGUCAUCAUUUAACUAUUGUCUUUCAGUACCAUGUGGGAGACGAUGAAGUACGUCUAUGGACACCAUGGAAUUCGAAGAGGAUUAUAUCGUGGCUUAUCUCUUAA